UCAAUAAUGGUCGAUAUGAAAAUGCUCGAUCAUUGUCAUCGAAUAAGAGAUUCGCUAUUGCAUCGCCAACAUCAUGGACAUCGACACGAUCGGAUCGAAUACAGAAGACCCUAAUGUCAAUGUCUUCGCCAUAUUAUCAAAGAAAAUCAUUGCGACCAUUGAAUAGAAAAUCAAACCUGAACAAAGAUAAUAAUUUGUGGGCUAGUGAAUCGAGAUUACAGCUAUAUCAACAAUAUCCUUCAAAUCAAUCAUCACAUAUCAAACCGAGACCGACCACUGCCAAUACUAAUGUUGAUUCCAUGGAAUCGUUUGAUGGUUCCAUCGUCGAAUCAAUGGAUCGAGUCGAUGAUGAUUUCAUUGAUUAUGAUGAAGAAGAAAAUGAAAUGGAUCAGGAUAUUCGAUCGCCAGAUGAUCAAAUGACCACAAUGAAUCGUAUGAAACCGGCAUCAAUGCCUUUACGAUUAAUCGAACAGAUACGUUCCUAUCAAAUGACUGAUGAUAUGAAUGAAACUAAUCACUGUGAUCAUUUACUUGCAUAUGAUUUAAUGUUAAAUCAUUCAAUUAAUUCACCAAUCAUGGAACAACGUAUCAUUAUUGAAUCCGAACAUUUAGAACUUUAUCUACGAUUACAUCCGGCAACAAAUCGCAAAUCGACUGUAGAUUCUUCCACAAGUGAAUCUAUGGUCAAUUAUGAUAACAAUGGCAAUUGGAAUUGUCGACAAAUGCUUCAAGCUCAAUUAUCUUCUACCAAAUCGGCCAUAUUCGAUUUAUCAACAAGUACAUUUAACGUAAGCUGCUAUUUAGUGUACGGACCUCAAUUUCAGUGUGUUCUAUUUACGUUCACCACUCAUCAUUUCGCAUCAAUUCUUCGUUCGUCAAACCAAAAAGAACAAUUUUGUGGUAUGACAGUUUUGAAAUUUAAUCUACUCGACAAUCGAUGCCAAUUAAGCUUAACGGUCAAACAGAUUUCUGCCACUGUGCAUCAUAAAAGCGGUGACAAUAUUGGUCAUCGAUUAAUACGAAAUCAGUUUUAUCAGUCGAUUCCAUCGUCCAUUUGGGAGAUACUUCAUGAUACUUUACCUACAAUUAUGGCCGCUUCGACUAAUAUUACAACUACAAAUGAACAAUCUUCCUCAUCAUCGGGAUCGACUGUGAAUUGUAUACGAUUGUGCCAAACAAUACCCUAUACGAAUUAUAACGAGCGAAUUAAUCGUAAGAAUCCUAAUAAUAAAUCUCAUCGUAAUAAACCGGAAUCUAAUCAUGAAUUGAUGGUGAUUGAAAAUACAAAGCCUAAAUGUAUUGUUCAUCUUGAUAACCGUAAUGUAGUCAAUUCAAAUUUAAAUCUCAAUCAAAAUCAAGCAGCCGCAGUUAGUAAUCAUUAUUCGAUAGCUUCGAUUGGUACGACAGCGGGUAUGGGAAAUAGUGGAUUAUCAGUAGCAUCAUCUUUGGCUACACCUCAGAUAAAUGAAGCCACGAAAAAGACCUGUAUUGAAUCAUCGAAACAUGUACUUACGCACAAUGGUUUAGUCAUUAAUCAUCCCACGCUCAAAUUGAUCAUUACUCGUCCAAGAAAUGAGGAUUUUGAUCCAAUGGAAAAAGAAACAUUACAACCGUUAGAAUUUUACUUGAAACUGGAGUCGAAAAAUUUGGCUUCAAAUGCACAGUAUUUUGAUCUCGUCCUCAAGAAAUACAAAUGGUCAGCAUCGGCUAGCCUGCUCUAUCCUGAAAUUUAUCCCGGUAUUUUAACAGGACAAACAUCCGUACCAGUCGAAUCGGCUCAUCAUCAUCAACAUCAUCAUGGCCAUCAUGAUCAUGAUAGAUUGCCCAACGUAUAUUUUCGAUUCAUAUUCAACAAUUUAAAGAUCACUAAAUGGGGCUAUCGUUAUGUAUUGAAAAUAACACUCCGAUCGAAUCCGGCUUGUUACACGAUAGAAACAACAUUCGGACCGUUUAAUGUUCGACCUGCAACAGAUCAAUCGGAACAGCAACCAUUCACCAAUGAUACUAACAACAACGAUGUUCAUUUUGUAUGGACCACUGAGAAAUGUCAUUCGGUUAGAAUCAAUCUUCAGGCUUCGAUUGUGAUCGAUCGUGCCAGUCAACAAGUUAUCGGUGGUCACACAAAUGGCCAUGCUCCAGUGUCCCGGUUUAUUGAUUAUCUAUGCGAUUUGAAUAUGGAAAAAUUGAACAUUUUUCUGAUCAAUUUUUUAGCCAAUCGAGCUGCGACAACAGCUUCUGAUAUGAUUCCAUCAGUAGUGAAAGCACGUAUUGCCAUGCAAAAUUCUGCCAGUCAUCGUAGUGAACGACGACGAUUGAUGGCACGUAGAGAAUGGACGUUUACUCACGAAAAUGACCAUGCAAGAUUGGUACAUGAUUUCAUACAGGAUAAUGGUUUCCGAAUUAACGGUACUCAAUGUUUACAAAUGUUGUUUCAAUCAAAAAAUGUAUCCAUGCUACAUCAUUUGGAUCGAAAGACCAACAACAAAUCGACACCAGCUCAAUCGAAUUCAAUUCAAGAACAAUUCAAUCGAUACUAUGAAAGUUUUGCUCACUUUCAACAACAACAACUUCGUCAGAGAUUGAUCAACAUGACAUUCAUAUAUUCGGGCGAGUUGUUGUUGAAGAUAAAACAAAUUUACAUUAAUGAUAAGCCAUUGUACAUCUCACCUUCUCCCACUUCUACAUCAUCUGGGCCGAAAAAAGUUCAUUUUGGGCUAGGAUUUCAUCGUAAAACAAAAGUUGUAGAUUUUAAAAAGAAUUUAACGAAUCGUGCUGUCGAGAAAAGAAAAUCAGAUGAAUCUACAUCAACGAUGGCUACAACCCAAGCUGAAAAUAGCAACAAUGAGGAUGAAGUGGAAUAUUUAGGUAGUAAUAAUAAUCAAGGCUCAAUGACCACAACCAAACCACACAGAACUCGUGCUAAAGCAAGUGGUUCGAAUUUAAAUCGACAUGCCACGACUGUGGGUCCAUUUAUGAUCGAUGAUGAUAAAGAGCAUCAAUUUUCAAACAAAUCCCUUAUUUGGAUUCUUAUUUUAUUCGUUAACACUUUACUUGUUUUCGGUUUCAUUAUUUUACUGGCUGUUUGUUACUAUAGAAAAAUUAUCUAUGAUACCACGAUAAUGAAACAACAGCAACAGCAGAUCAGUAAAAUGGCGGAUUCGCGUAGAUUGGACGAUGAUCCAGCCAGUGUUCGACCUACACAUCGAGAUGAUGUAUUCAUGUUGGGCACCAAAGAUUAUCAUCCAACAAGUUCGGGUAGUUCCUAUAGUUCUUACGGGUCCGGCCAACAUUCUAGUUCACCACCACUUGGUUUUAGACGUAGUGCUUUUGUUGGAGCUGGUGAACGAUCACUUGUCGAUGAAAUGAUAUACGAAAAGGCAUUGAAAAAUCAGGCGCUCAAAGUACAACACAUGAAUCGAUUUAUAUCAUCGGCAGCAAGUAAAGCCCGUUAUCCAUCACCACGUCAAUUGCCAACUAUAACGACAACGACAGGAAUUUCUAUUCAACAGGAACCGACAAUAACAGCUCAAACAAAUCCAUCAUUGACAAUGGAUCCCCAGCACGAACAGAAGGAACUGACAGCAACAGACGUUCUCAACAACGAAGCAACGGAAGUGGCAGUUACAACGGUCCCGUCACCCAUUACUAUUACAGAGGUACCGGUAAAAGAGGCAGAUUCUAAUGACGAUAAAAAUCAGCACCCAUCAAUCUCCAUCGCCACUACCAGUCCAGACAAGCAGACUCUCAGUCUGCCUCAUGUAAAAGAGGAAUCAACUAAGACUGAGAGAUUGGAAGAAAUCGAAACACCCAAACCAAUCGUUGUCAAUUACAAUGAAGACUGGGAUUUGCUUACACCUGUUUCGCCAUCUACAUCUCGGUCAUCUAACAAAAUUGGAAGUAGAAAUCGACAACGACGACGAUCUAGCUUACGUCCGAUGGCCAAUGGUCGUUAUUCUACGUUAUCAUUGGCUCAUGAUGAAGAGGCCGAAGAUUCAUCAACAGGUUCAAGCGAUUCACUAGACCGUACAUACUCGUUGCGUGGUGAUGAGAAUGAAGAUGAAAAAUAUUUCAUCUACAAAGUAAAAGAUAUAAAUCUGGUGCCCAGAAAAGAAUGUGUAGGCAAAGUUAUCGUUCCACGUGAUAUGUUUGGCGGCCGUGGCCAUAAUAUUACCUUGGAGGAAUUUCGAAAACUUAUACGCCAAUCUAGUGAUGAGAUGCUACGAGAAGCAGCACGACAACGAUUCAAAUAUCUGGCCGAAUCAUAUCAUUUGGUUGCAUCCACUCAGGAAUCGGAAACACCUGUACGACAAAUGUAUCCAGCUCAAGGUGUAUUUAUAAAAUUGGAUAACGAACCCUAUCCAUGGCGUCGUGAAGUAGAUACCAGUUGGACAGCUAAAUUACAAGCCGAAUACGAACGCAAAUUCGGACCGAUUCAGCUAUCCUCAUCUCGUCAACAACGUAAACGAAGUUCAAUAAGUCCGGCACAGCUAGGACGAUUAUCACGUAUACAAGAAGAAGAUAAAGAUCGUGAAUGUGAGGAAGAGGAAGAAAACCGAAACGUUUGGGAUCCUAAACGAAUCAUUCAACAAACACAACGGCGUCGUAACAGUACUAAUCGUGUUGCUCCGUUAGCCAUGAAUGUUUACGACAAUAAAUUAAGCUCGACGUAUCCAUCACGAACAAGUGCCUUUCGAACUGCCAAUCAUAUGGGCAAGUAUGAUUGGUUUCAAUCACAACCAGCGACUACAUCAACAUCAUUUGAUCAUCGUUAUGGACAACGACGAAAACAACCGGUGGCCAGAGCUCGUUAUAAAGGAGGACGGCCACCUUGGAGAUUUUGAACUGCCUGCGAUCAACGAAUUGUUUUUUCUACUUAAUAUUUUUCUCAUUUAUUUUCAUGUACAUAUCAUUCA